CGCGUCGGUUGUUGGCUUGGUUGUCGGUUGUUGGUUGUCGGUUGUUGGUUGUUCGUUGGUUGUUGGUUGUCGCUGCACAUUGCAUGUUGUCGCUGGGUUGUCGCAGGUUGCCGCUGCGCAGACUCCGUGCGAAUGCAGGGGGCCCUCGAAUUAACAAGUGCCGCAGCAGCCAAAAAAAACACUACAGUUUUGCUAUUCUGACACAAUUUUCGCAUUGAAACAGGCGAAACAAAAGCGUUUUGAGAGCGAAAAAACAGCGCAAAAAUAUAUGUGUGUAAAAAAUAAAUGUGCAUUCGACAACAAUAGCGGAGAAAAGUGAGGAAAGAAACCAAAGAGGGUGCCCAGGCAGAAAUUGGAAAUAAACAAAAAGAAAUUGCAUAAGUCGGACUUUUGGCGUGCGCUUUGCUCAUCUUCUGGCCCGCUGCUGCAAUAUUUGAGUGGCUUCUUCUUCGGUGUUUAUCCCCACGAGAUAUAAAAAAUGAAAAAAUAAAAUUAAAUGAAAUUUAGAGAAAAACUCACUGGCGGCAUUUUACGAAAACAUUUUUUAUCAACUCUGCCGGGCAGCGCUUGACCAUUUGACUUUUUUCGAACAAGUUUGCAGUCAAGUUUCGGCCUCUCUGUGUGCGUUUUCGGCAAUUAAAACCCAUUAAUGCAAUUGUUGCUAACCAAUUUCUAUAUUCAUGUGUGUGCGCGCCUUUUAGCCGUUAAACAUUUAUGCAACUCGGCCGAAAGCAACAGCAACAACAGCAGAUACAUCUGGCCAAGGGACGUACUUUAUCCGCGAUUGCAGUCUGUGUGAGACGACUAUGCCCAUCUGCAAAAAUUCGCCGGGCACGGCGAGCAAGAAAACAGCCACGGAUAUAUCCGCCGACCACGUGACGGAGGCGGCCCAGGUGAAGCGGACCCGGGAGCAGGCCUACUUCAACUCCUACGACUUCGAUGCAAUCGAGGUGCUGCCCUACGACGAGGAGGACGACGAGGCGAGGGACAGGAGUCAGGGCGGGAGCAGGAGCAGGAGCCACAGUCGGAGUCGAAGUCAGAGCAGGAACGGGAGCAGCAGCAGUCGGAGCAGCAGCACCAGGAGCUACUCCGCACCCAAAGAUCCCGGGGCGGCCAAUAAGUUCGCUUAUCUGCAACGCCUGGGAGCCUUCUUUGCUCGAAACGGAGGAGGUGCAGGCGGUUCGGGAGGAGGAGCAGAGGAAGCCGCCGGUGGAGCUGCUCCAAGUGGAGGAGGUGCAACCAAGGCGGCACCGAAAGGCAGCAGCGAAAAUUUUCUUCUUCCAAGAGCCAUGCUCAAGUAUCAAAGCUCAGCGACAGCAACAACACCAGCCCCGCCAUCGUCCACAGCCACAUCCAUAGCCACAUCCACUUCCACGGCAGCGGCUCCAAUGCCAUUGAGGAAUGGACAUGGUCUGGGCAGUGGAAUGGGGAAUGCAAGUGGUCACGACCAACAGCUGGAGGUGACCACCUCCGCGGGAUUGGGGGAGCGCGGCAAGAAGUGCUCGAUUGCCUCCAAUGUCAGCAGCACGCAUUCCACGGAUUCCGGACUGCCACUCGCAGCAGCAACAGCAGCAGCAGCAGCAACAACAUCUGCAACAGCAACAUCUGCAACAGCAGCAGCAACAUCUGCUGCAGCAGCAACACAGUCAACUGAGACGGGUGGCUCACACUAUUCAACGGACAAAAGCGGCUCGUCCGGUUAUUACAGCUCCAAUGUGUGCUCCACUUACUCGCUGGACGAGCACAUCUAUUGCGAACCGGUCAUCGAUGUCCAGGAGAAGAUCAAGAGUGUGGCCGCCAGGCAGCGACAGCGACCACCACUGCAGCUGCCAACGAAAGUGGCGACUCCCCAGGAGGUGGCUUUGGCAACCGCGGACCCACCAGUAGCCUCCGCUGAAAAGCUGUCCGCAGUCAAGAGUCAGCGGUUGGACAUGCAAGAUGCAGCUGGAGCUGCUCCUGCCUCAUCCAAUGACCAUCAUCAAAUCCAGUCAAAGGCCGAGGUGGCCGAGGGACUGCAUCACUAUAGCAGCAAACUGCGCAUCCUGGAGACGAGCAUCGAGAAUCUGGACCGGCACCUAAAGACCUUUCCCUGCCUGUAUGCCCAGGAGCAUAUUGUGAGCUUCAUGCAGGCAGCUGGGGGGAGAACCGAAGUUCCCAGUCAUCCCAUGGAUAUUGGAGAGAAGCUGAGGGUCUACAACCAGUUGCCCACCAUUAUGGAACAGCAGCAGAUGCAACAACAGCAACAGGAUCAACUGCCUGAUGACUCUCUGCUGGACAUUGACCUAGAUGCCUUUCUUUUGGCGCCCAACGUGGGGCCUCAUCGGGGCAUCGACAAUCCCAGCUUCCUGAACGACGAGCAGCUGGCGGAGAACAACUACAAGUGCGCCAAGUACAUCAACUCCUGUCCCGAGGAUGCCUACCGCCUGGACAGCGAGAGGGGGCGGGCCGAGGAGACGUAUGCCAAGCGCUAUGAGGAUCAGCUGCAUUUCCAAAACACUCGUGAGCUACUGGAGGAUGUCCGUGAUAAGAUUCGCCUCCUAUCGCGUGUCACGCCCCCCGCCUCGAGCGCGACCACGCCCACACCCGCCAGCACACCGCCCACCGAUGUGCCCAAAGAGCUGGAGGGGAUGAUCCACACCCUGAAGCACGAACUGGAGUCCUAUCUGCAGCGGAUGAACCAGCACAGCGAGCAGGAGCUUCGCCAGCUGUGCAGCGGUCUGGGUCGCCAGCAGCACGUGGUCCGGCUGCAGAACGCCCUGGAACGGCGACGCAGUUGCGCCGAUCUCCAGCUGAAUGCCUACGAGGCGGUACGCGACGGUGUCCUGAUCUCCGCCAGCGGCAGACCGCUCAGCGUACGCGAACAGAUCAUGACCAUUCGAUGUGCCAGCGAUCCCAACUUCAAGAUGAAGCGCAAGUCCCUGGCGGAGAUCUUUCCCGCCGCCGAGUGCUAUGUGGAGUCGGAGGUGACCACCACCAGUUUGUCGCGCAGUGUCACGCCCUCGCCCGCCUCCACGCCACAGCUGGAGUUGGAGGCACUGCAUCCGGUGAUGAUAACGCAAAUGCAGCGGAAUCUCACCUUCCACAAGCCCAUCCUGGCGGUGGCCAGCGGCAGUCAGGGAAUCGGUGGCAGCGGCACCCUCGAUGGAGCUGGCGGGGAUAAGGCGGCGCGGGAGCGGGAGCGGGAACGGGAGAGCAUCGCCGAGUGGCACCGCAAGAAGCCCAGCAUCUGGGAGAUGUACUACGGCACCAACCGGCUGCAUCAGUCGCUCCUCGGCAAGCAGCGAAGUGGAGGCGAACUGGUCAUCAGCAGUGCCCAGCCCACUCUGUCCUAUCCAUCCUCACGACCCGAAUCGGACUUUACGCUCGACCUGCCGCGGGCCGAGCAGCUGCGCCUGAAAAUGGAGAAGGAGAAGAAGUUCCGCCAAAGAUGUCGCUUCAUCACCACGUUCCUCAGCCUGGUCUUCUUCCUGCUGACCGUGAUGGUGGUCAGCCUGGUACUGACCCGCGGCAAACGGAUGUUCGGCAGCAUGAUUUGAGGAUACCCGAUCGGUGGCAAUAGACCCACUAGUUAGCCUCUAGAUCCGACUCUGCGCAAUCGAGAGAAGGCAGAAUAUAUAUUACAAACUACAGUGCCAACCACAAUUGUAAAACGUUAGCGAAGCUCAAGUUUAGUGUUAAUCGUAGUCGUAAGUUUCUCGUGGUUUAUUUUUGGCAGGGCAGGACCGCCACAGCCGCAGUCGCAGUAUUGUUAAUAAAUUAUUUAUGUGAUUUUAGUUGUUAAGUCCAAGUGAGUGCAUUUGUUUUGUGCGUACGCGUAAACUGCCUGUAUCCAGCCUAUCGUUUGUCCAACCUUUCGUUAAGCCCAUCAAACUGUAUUAAGUCUAAAUGUAUAACUAAUUAUAGCUAGAGUCUUGUGAAAGUGUGGAGAAUAAACAGAAUACCAAGUAUA